CUUUUGACCACUUCUAUAGAAAUAAAGGCAAUAAAGUAUAAUAGUAUCAAAUUACCUACCAAACAACACUCUCAACGUUAAUGAUUGAUUUAUUUUUAUUGCUCACCAAAAAAAAUAUAUAAAACAAAUCCAGUACAUUUAUCACUCCACUCGGAUUCUAAAAUUUACCUUUAUAACCACAAACCACAGACCACAGUGUCAAGUGUGUAUAUGAAAUCACAAAAUACCAAUAGCUAUAUUGUCCUAACACAGUAACACUCAAAACUUAUUAGUACAUUGUAUGGUACGUCGAUACAGCCAUACAGGUAUAAUAUAUUAUAGCUUAGGUUAUAGGUGUAUUCAGAACUACGAUAAUAAUGAUUAUAAACGGUAAUAUCAUUUUAAUUGAGAUCUUAGGUUCUGAGCGGUAUUACAAUGAUUUUAUAAUUUUUUUCUUUCGAUUUGUCCAUACUUGUUGAACAGUAAAACUGUUUUGAUCUUCAACAUUGAGGGUUAUAUUGGUUGCUAUUUUAAUUAUCAAAUUGGUAUUUUGGUCAAAAGUAGGAGAUUUCUAGUACUUUUGUUAGUAAAUAAUAAUUUAGAAAAAUAUUUAGAAAACUAAGUAGGAAAUUAGAAAUAUUUACAUGACACCCGUUUUCGACAAAAUCGAUUCCAUAACGGAAUUACCGAUAACACUUGAGUACUUGACGUAUAAUUCAGUAUAAUUCACUAACAUUUAUACAUUUAUAUUAGAAUUUUCAUUAGUUCAUGACAUAAUUUAAAAAAUAUUAUUUUAACAGCAUACAUUGCAGAUGAAGAGCUCGAUUUAUGUGUAGGCAGGUACUGAAAAUUGUUUUUUAUUCAAGAAAAUCAAAUCUGUACAAAACACCAGCUGUGAACAUCAAUCCGAAAGCUCACACUGGGGUCCUUCCUAUACAUAUAUAUAACAUUAGGUAUAUAUAAAUAUAAUUCAGUUUGCCGCCACACACGUUGCAUCGCAUAUCGCUCGACAGAAUAUACACUCACACACACACACACACGUAUACAUAUAUAUAUAUAUAUGUAUGAGUUCACUGACUAUAAUCUCUCCAAUAUACAGAAUCAUAAUAUACUCGUUCAUGUCGUAAUAAAACAUUUUUUUCUCUUAUUCACACACAUGCACUGGCACGCGUGUGUAUAUAAAUAAUUAAAAAUAAUAAAAGCUCUGACCAUUAUACAUGGCAUGUAUCACAUAUAUACCUAUAUAGUAGUUCCCGGUAAACAGUUUAAUGGGAUAUUUUUUUCUUUCUUUUUAUACUGUAAACAGAGACAACUGCUCCAGUAUCCCAUCCCUAGCAACGGUUGCUAGGGCGCCGCCUACGUCAUCAUCCCUUCGAUUAUUACGUUCGGCACCCGACUACCCUCUUGGGUGUGUAGAUAAUAUUACGUUAACGUAGUAAUUUUUAUUAUUUUAAAGAAUGUAUACUCAAAUCAUUUACAUACAUCGAUGUUUCACAGCCAUUGUUUUGGUGAAGAGAAAAUGUUAUCGCGUUUAUUAUCGCGAAUAAGUCGACGCUAACACUGCAGCUUCCAGCGGAACGUCUAUAACGCGAAAUCGUACGCCGCAGCAGUGGAAUAUACUGCAGUUACCUAUGUGAUUCGAUAAACGACUAUUGUGGUAUUGUCCUUCAAAGGCAAAUUCUAAAAGGAAUGAUCAUAUACUUGUUAGAUAUCUCAAUAGUUUUAAUGAGUAUUUUACAAGGCACAUCGUGUAUAAAUUGCUUUAAAUGUUCAUCUUUGAACGGAAGUAAUGCAAAUUGUGAAGAUCCGUUUAACCCAGCAAUGUCCACGUACAUAGAAAAGUGCAUGGUUCCAAAAAGAGGUCAUGUAGGAAUGUUUCCAGCAAAUUUUUGUACUAAAAUCAUUGGAAGAAAUGUGUUAACCCAUGAAAUUAUGGUCAUCAGACAAUGUGCCAUGAAAACUAUGGACUCUCAGUGCGGUGAAUUCAAAUACCAAGAUCACACCAUGAACGGAUGUAUUCUCACCUGUGAUUUCGAUGGGUGUAAUUCAGGACAAAAUAAUAAGCCUAAUACCGUGUUACAAAUUACGCUUUCUUCGCUGCUGCUAGUACUAACAUCAUACUAUAUCAACAAAACUAUUGAAUGUUUUCAAAUUACUUAGAAUAAUUAUUUGAUGAAUAAUCAAAUAUCUAGCUUUUCAAUGUAUAUUUUAUAAUUGUUAAGUAAUUCAUCCAUUCUUUAUUGUUAUGAUAUUAUUAUUAUUAUUAUUAUUACAUUAUUACAUAAUAUACAUACAAAUUAAAACUGAAAUAGGGACGAUGAUAUCACGUAACCUUAUUUUUAAAAAAAAUUAUUAUUAAUUACAAUACAACUAUGUGUUCUUAAUACCGUUCUUCCCGAUUCCCGUUAUUAAUCUAUCAUCUAUAUUUAUCUACCAUAGUUCUUAUUAUUAUUAUUGAAAAUAUCGAGCCUUUAAUCUUGUAUUUUCUUAGACUUAAUACGAAUGAUGUGUCAACUGUCAAGUGCCAUUAUAAUAAUUGUUUAUAUGUUAACUAUUAUGCAACAUUCGAUACCUACAGGUUGCUGGCCUGGUUAGGUAUACAUAUUUUGGUUCAAAAUAAUAUAUAAUAUACAAGCUUAAAUAAAAUUAUACAAUUUUUUUUUCAAAUUUUCAAUCCUUGUUUUGCUAAAAUUAUUAUACGAUUAUUAUAAUAUUAUGUUUAUGCUAAUAUAAGUUAGUCAUUUAAGUAAAUCAACGCUGUGAUUAUUUUGAUCUAAAUUGUAAACAUUUGAUUACCUGGUUAUUAGAAGGAUAAAUAUUGUUAUUGAAUCGAGCAAAAUUAUGAUUUUAAAUAUUUAUAGUUUACAUUUGUUGACUAGUAUUGUAGACGAUAUUGUGUCCAUAAUCAAAAGUAGGAGUAUAUUAUAAUGUACGUAGUAUUUAAUUGCUAUUUAAUUGAUUUACUUUCAUAGUUUAUCCUAUGAAUUCUUUGGAAAUGUUAUAUUACAGUUGUUUAUAAUUAAAGUUAUUUUAUUUGUUUACUGUAUUUUGCUAUUUUUUAUUCGUUUAAAAACUAAAUAUUGAUAAAAAUAUAGAAAAAGAUUAUUCUGACUUCAUAGUGUAAUCCUAUUUAUAUGUGUCAAAAUUAUCGGUACCGAACUACCUUAUUUAUGCCUGUAUAUUGUAUGUAUAACUAAACUUGAUGACUAUGUGGAGGUACAAAUUUGCAUACCUACCUAGUGAUGUAUGAUAAAAUAAUAAAUAAAAAUAACCAA